AAGCUUGGCACGAGCCACUACACGCGUAAAUCAAGGUGAAGGAUAAUAUGCGUUAUACAUUUUACUCAAAUCCUUACUAAUACAAUGGAUGAAGUGUGGAUAAAAGUUGUGUAUAACGUUUUAUAUAUAUUAAAAUAACCUUAAUUUAAACGAGGAUUGUGAAAUAGGGGCUGAGACAUAUUUUGACCCCCAUAUUUUAAAAAACAAAACGAAACAAUGAGUAAUAUAGUGGUUAAGGAAGCUGUAAAUUAGUAAAACACAAGCAAAAUAAGACUCAUACAUCAGUUUGAACAUGCACCUUGCAAAAAGAAAAAUGCUGCAUAUACAGUUAAAAAGCUAUCCUUUAAGUACUUUUUCUUGGUCUAACUGUGGCAAUGACUGUAGCUCUAUGGAAUCAUGUCCACAAGUAUUUAUUAAUUAUUCUCAAGUCAGCAAUGUCAUAUGUAUGGACCAUUAAAUUACUGUGACUUAAGUUGACUUGUUUUUCAUUCAAAUAAGCAGCAACAGCCAACUCUCAUGCUGGCAUGUUUUUACCAAACAAUGUGUGCAUUGAAGCACUAGAUGGCGUCAUUUACUUGUGUUUAAACUUAUAGUGGAGCUUGUUUAGACUACAACCAUAAUUCCAAAAAAGUUGGGACCCUGUGUGAAACAUUAAUGCCAACAUAAUGCAUCAAAUCAUUAUGCAUUUAUAUAUUUGCAAAGAACAAAAGUUUAUCAGUAAGAAAAUUAAAUUUGAUUAGAUCUGCAAAUCAUUGCAUUCUGUUUUUAUUAAUGUUUUUAACAAUGGCCCAAGUUUUUUGAAAUGCCUAGCAUAAGUUCUUUUUUUUCUUUGCAGGAGAUUGAUCCACCUUUGAUGAUACCAAUCAACUUUACUGUUACACGAUUAUUGCAGGAUAUGAAAUGGAUAAAACACUGAUAUCAGGAAAGGAAGCUGUUGAGGACAAAGUGCCUGAUUAUGACACCAGUGAGAAGGCGCAGCCAGAUGAUGGGGUAACGGAGGAAACAACGAGCGACUCGCCCAGUAGGACUGCCAAGCCCAAUGAAGCAGAUGAGGAACUCGUUGAGAGGCUGCAUCCAGCCUCUGUACCUGAAGAUGGGGAUAGCCUCUGCACUGUUUGUGGCUUCUCAGCCAAAUGUCCAAGAUCACUGAAGAUUCACUAUGCAAGAAAGCAUGGAAAGAAGUCAAAGUAUACCAAUAGAACUGCAAAGCCAGCUGAAAAAAGGGGGAAUAUCCCUGACAGGAAUCAAGCUGAAAUCCAACAGGAAUCAGACAUGGAGACAGAAACUUCUACUGGAGUUAAACAAAACCAGGAAUCUGAUCUUGAUGUGUUGAAAUCAGCUGCCAGUGAUAAUGCCACGAACACAAACAGUUUAACUAAAAAUCAAACUACAUUAGACAAACAGCAGGCAGAUCAAGAGGAGGUGAUCCCUACACAGGAGAGAAGAGUAAGCAAGCGAACCCCCAAACCGAAGGUGAUCCAUUCCUGCAACUACUGUGGACAAGAGUUUAGGGACAAAUCCCCUUUAGUUGUGCAUAUUCAGAGAUACCACACCAAAGACACCCCAUACACAUUUGAAGCAGAUGAGAACAUGGAAGAAGAAAAGCAAGCUGAAGAUCCUGGCAGCACUCUGAAGGACAUUCCCACUCGAGUGGCACCUAAACGUGCAUUUAGCAGGUUCCAGCUCAAAUGCAAAAUCUGUGAUUUUAGGGUUAGCACCCCUGCAUUCCUGGAGAGCCACGUUCGAGUCAAACACCAGAACCAGGAGUGGUACCGCUGCAAAGUGUGUGAUUUCUUUUCAGCCACAUCUGAGUGGAUGGAUAAUCACCUUUCCUCAGAUAGUCACAUGCAGAAGCAGAAAGAGGAGAAAAGCACAGAAUCUUCCUCAGAAUCUUCCUCCUAUGAUACCUAUGUGGAGUGUGUACGCAGAGACAAUGCUGGUGCUAAUAUAGAUGAUAUAGCUGAUGUGUCUGGUACAGAAGGGGUAGCUACAUCGACAGAAGGUGAUCAAGAAACUGAAGAGGCAGUGGAGGGUGCCAAAUCUGCGUUGGUUGAGGAGGAAGAUUCAGAGCUUGAAUCUCCCAAAAAGAAAAGAGGAAGACCAAAGAAUGGGUCCACAACCACCUGUGGAUACUGUGGCCUGGUAGUGUCCAACGCUACAAACCUCAGUGUCCAUGUCCGCCGCAAACACAGCAAGGAGUAUGGCUACAGCUGCACUCUGUGCAACUACAGCUGUGUGACCAAAGGAGACAUGGAUCGUCACUGUUUCACAAAGAAACACGUUAGACGUGCACAAGAGUGCGCAAAUAAGAACCCAAUCAACAAUCACACAAGUGCAUCACAGCAGGAAGCCACAACUACACAAGCCCCGGAACCAAACGCAGCCUCACAGAUCACCGACAAAGAGCCAGAAUCUGACAACGCAGCCUCCAACGAACACAUCGCAGAAGAGCAAACUCAGCCAGACACAAGCCAGAAAAAAAGUAAAUAUGACUCUGUAAAUGCUUGCAGCCAUUGCGAUUUUGUAGCUCAGUCAAUCCCUUCGCUCCAUCUUCACGUCAAGAGAAUGCACACCAAAGAUUAUGAAUAUGUCUGUCUAGCAUGCAGCUACUAUGCUGUAACCAGCAGGGAAAUGACUCGCCACGCCAACACGGAGAAGCACAAACAGAAGAGCCAGAAAUAUCUGGAACCACUAGGUAGCGAGGGACAAAAAGCUCUGGAACACCCAUUGAAGCUGAAGGAGGUCAUUGAGCAUGUGGGGGCAAACUCUGACCUUGAAUGUGAACCUCUCAGCCCCACAGAAGAGUCUGACUCCUGUACUGAUGACAGCCAAGCUAUGGAAAAUCAGAAUACAGCUACACCCAAUGUCACCACAGAGUCUGAUGAGGCUGAGGCUGGUGCAGCUGGCAGUGGAGACAACAAGCAAGCAGAGAGUACAACAUCUUCCAGUAGCAGAGAAAAAGAUCCAACCAUUGAGACAGUUGGGCUUACAGAAGUGUGUGAACCCGAGCAGGUUCCAGCAGAACUUGAGCCUGCAGUGGAUCAGUCUGCACAGCAAGAUAGUCAGGAGAAAGUGCUUAAAGAAGCAGAUGAAGAACACUUAAAUGCAAAUGAGAUGAUUUUAGAAGCAAAAAGUGACAAUGCUGCAGACACACAAAUGUCCAAAGCCCUUCCCUUUGAUGCCUGCAUUGUAUCCAUGAAGGCCCUCGCUGAGCAGGAGCAGGACCUGCAGGAAGGUCUGGCUCUGGAGGGCGAAGCUGCUGUGAUAUGUCUGACUGGAGGAACACCAGUGACCCCUGGCGUCCAGUCGGCCAAUUCUGAAUAUGUCAAGAAGCUCCAGCGCAAAGAACUGAAGGUGAGAGAGGAAGCCAAAGGAAGCAGCUCUCGCAUACGCUGCGAGGACUGCGGCUUCAUGGCCGAUGGCAUAAGCGGCCUCAACGUCCACAUCUCUAUGAAGCAUCCGUCCAAGGAGAAGCAUUUUCACUGCUUGGUGUGCGGCAAGUCGUUCUACACUGAGAGCAACCUGCACCAGCACCUGACCAGUGCCGCCCACCUCCGCAACGAGCAGAACAGCGUGGAGGAGCUGCCCGAAGGAGGCGCGAGCUUCAAGUGCGUGAAAUGCACAGACCGAUUUGAAUCAGAGCACGACCUGUUUAUCCACAUCAAGGAGAAACAUGAGGAGCUUCUGAGGGAGGUCAACAAGUACGUGCUUGAGGACACUGAGCAGAUCAACCGCGAGCGCGAGGAGAACCAAGGCAGCGUGUGUAAAUAUUGUGGCAAGGUGUGCAAGAGCAGCAACUCCAUGGCCUUUCUGGCACACAUUCGCACACACACAGGAUCCAAACCCUUCAAGUGCAAGAUCUGCAACUUUGCAACGGCUCAGCUGGGAGACGCCAGGAACCACGUGAAGAGACACCUCGGCAUGAGAGAGUAUCGAUGCGACAUCUGUGGAUGGGCCUUUGUGAUGAAGAAACACCUCAGCACCCACAUGCUUGGAAAACAUGGAGUCGGGCAGCGUAAAGAGAGGAAGUUUGAAUGCCAGUUGUGCAAGCGCUCCUUCAGUGAAAAAUGGGCCCUGAACAACCACAUGUUACUGCACAGUGGGGAGAAACCAUAUAAGUGUGCCUGGCCGUCCUGCCACUACGCCUUCCUCAACCUAUCCGCCAUGAAGGACCACUACAGGACACACACAGGAGAGAAGUCUUAUCUGUGUGACCUGUGUGGUUUUGCUGGAGGCACAAGACACGCCCUCACCAAACACAGACGCCAACACACAGGAGAGAGACCCUUCAAAUGUUCGCUCUGCAACUUCGCCUCCACCACGCAGUCCCACCUAUCGCGACACAAACGUGUUCACACCGGGGAGAAACCGUACCGCUGCCCCUGGUGCGACUACAGAUCCAACUGUGCUGAGAACAUCCGGAAGCACAUUCUCCAUACGGGCAAACAUGAGGGAGUGAAGAUGUACAACUGUCCCAAAUGUAGCUACGCUACCAACUCACCCAUGGAGUUCCGAAACCACCUGAAGGAAAAUCACCCUGAUAUUGAGAGUCCAGACCUCGCCUACCUACAUGCAGGUAUCGUGUCCAAGUCUUUCGAGUGUCGUCUGAAGGGUCAGGGGGCUACGUUUGUGGAAGCAGAAAUCGUGGACUCCCCUGUUCACAAGGGCUCAUCUGAAACAUCCGGGCAAGAUGAUUCUAUCCAGCAGGUCAUCAUUAUCCAGGGCUACGGUGACGGCGAGGUGGCCAUCGAUCAGGCUCUGGAAGAGUCGGCCGCCGCCACCUUGCAGACGCUGGCCAUGGCCGGCCAGGUGGCAGAGGUGCUCCACAUCACGGAAGAUGGACAAGUCAUAGCCUCGGGCAGGGAAGUGGCAUCUGCAGGGGCCCACCUAGCCGGAGGCAGCACCCAGUACGUUGUGCUGGAGUCAGGGGAGGCCAGGAAAGAGCUGCGGGCUGUGGCUAGAGGUGGCGUGGCAGUUGCAGCAGCAGGACAAAGUCACAUAGUUUCGGAGUCGUCCACGGCUCUGGACGCUCUGCUCAGCGCUGUCAGUGAAGUGGGCCAUCAGGAGGAGAUGCAAGGGGGGGCUGCCGUCGUCCAUGAGGUCCUGACCCCUGAGGUAGCCGAGGCGGUGCAGAGUGUAGUACAGUCGGACGUGAAACAGGAGCAGGACGAGGUGCAGGUCAUCCAGGAGGCCGGCCAGCAGGACAUGCAGGAGGUGCUGCAGCUCGCCGCAUCCCAGAUGAUGAAGGAAGGUCUCACCCAGGUUAUUGUCAACGAUGAAGGAACGCACUACAUCGUGACAGAGCUGGACAACUGCACCUUACAGGUGGAGGGAGGGGUGUAUGGAGAGGCUGCGGCAGGGGACGGGGAGGUGCAGCAGGCGGAGCAGCAGGCUGGAGAAGAGAUGGUGGUCUACGUAGAUGGAACCCCUCAUAAUAUUGUUCUGGAAGGGUGAAGGGCAAAGAAAUGUUCUAAAAGAGAUACAUUUGUGGUUUGAUCUCAGUUUUCCUUGUUUAAUUAUUUUAUAGCCUGCAUUUUUUUUACAUCACAACUGUUUUUUACUAUAUUCUUUUGGGCUACGCUAAACUCAGGUUAAACAUCAUUUAUUCAGUGAAGGACAGUGAAGUUAAAUGUGUAAUCACAACCUGUUAACCACUUGAUUAAUGCCAUGCAAGUUCAGAAAAUAAAUAUAUUUCCUCCUGAAAUAUUUUUUGAAAAUGCAUCUAAAAUGUGUUUUCUGCUUUUCUUAAUGAUAACAUUGUUUUGUAUUACCUUAAGUUUGUUUGUGAAUUUUGACAAUGACACUGAUUUAUUAAUUAUUGUCUUUUUUCUUUUUUUUUCUUUUCAUCCUUUGUAGGUAUUAGUAUGCUAUUAGUUAUGAAAAAACUUUUGAAAAACCCCAGACAGAUCUUACAGAUUUUUUCUAUCUAAUGAUAUAGAGUUGAUAAUAUUAAAUUUCAGUUUAUUGACAACCCCUGAGCUGUCUGUAAGUUUAGCUUUUGGGAAACCUCUAAAAAGCAUCAUGCAUUUUCAUUGCUGACAAUAAAGAUUGAGUCUCAGUUUUUAACAACUUUGUGUUAUCUGUGUUUCCAUCCGUUCAUCCCAUUCUCAAGAACGCGAUAGCUUAGAAACACAAAGAGGACACUUCUUCAAAUUUGACAAACGGGUCUACUUGGACCCAAGGAUGACCUGAUUUGAUUUUGGAGGUCAAAGGUCAAGGUCACUGUGACCUGACAUGAUAUGUUUUAUGCCUCAUUCUGACAAAAUGUCAAAGGUCAAGGUCAAGAUGUGACUUUCCAUCCUUUCCAUGCUGGUGAGCACAAUAUCUCCGUGUCUUAAGGGAAUUUCUGCAAAUUUGGACCAUAAA